AUGUUGAAGUUUGUGAUAAUGGACAACUGCAUCCCCACAUAUUGUCUGCAGCCAGCUCAGUUCAGCAUCAUAGAACUGGAGAAUGAGCUGCAGAUAUUCUGGCACCUUAAGGAAGGGAAGAAUUACCUGAACACUUUGCAUGCUUUCAAAGCUAAUGUUUGUGGAAGACAGUGCUGUUCUGGAUGGACUGUGAGCCCUGGUACAAACAGAUGUAUAAAACCCGUGUGUGAUCCACCGUGCCAGAACAGAGGCUCGUGUUCACGACCUCAGCUCUGCGUCUGUCGGUCAGGGUUCCAGGGUUCAAGGUGUGAAGAAAUUGUUCCAGAACAGCCCUACAUACCCCGCAUAUUCUCGUCAAGAUCCUUCCCAUCUCGGUCGUCUGCUUUGCGCUCAAACAUAUUCCAGAGGACUGACAGCAGCACAAAAAACACGACAAGGCGUAAAAAUGAACCCUCAGCAGGACAUAGAGCUUCACUAAUAGGCCAAAGCUCUGUCAGUACAUUGAGUAGAUAUGGACAGCCUGUUAAUACUCAGCAAGUGCCUGGAACAUUACGUACUGUGAAACAUCUAUCGAAUGGAAAUGGACAGCUACUCACAAAUGCGUUAUUUAAUGGCAAUGGGCAGGCACGGGUCCAGAACCGUUUCACAACAAAUGGGCAAACGUUAAUUGAAAAUGAGCAUCCGUUGUUACGAGGGGCAAACCUGACCACCAAUAUAGGAACAAUAAAAAUAGUCUUCACGCCAACUAUUUGCAAACGUCAGUGUGUAAAUGGAAAGUGUUACAACAAUUGCAAAAAAGGUGACCCAACCACCCUUUACAGCGAAAAUGGUUACGGCCCUGUUUCCAAAUCAGGUUUUCGAAUCUAUUUCUGCCAGAUCCCCUGCCUGAAUGGAGGAUACUGCAUUGGAAGGGACAAGUGCAGGUGCCCAUCAAACUCAACAGGGAAGUUCUGCCACCUUCCGGUUCCUCCUGAAAAGCAAACUGUGUCAAAGACAGUACCUGUCCGUUCAUCAGGUUCGCAGUCUGUGUAUACUCUGCCACUUUCGAACCAACAAGUUGUAAUGCUUCCAUCCUUGGUUAAUAUCCACGUAAACCACCCACCGGAGGCCACUGUGCAGAUUCAUCAAGUGGCAAGAGUUAAAACCGUACCUGACACUCCAAUCAAGAACAGCAUAAAACUGUCACAGGAUCAGCAGCCAACCCAUUCAGUUCAACAAAGGUCACAGCUUAAUGUUAAUGGAAAUGUAAAUGGCCAGCCCAAACCUCAGCCACAACCACAACCACAACCACCAACCAGAACUCUGAAUGUGGGAAGAUGCUUUCAGGAAACAGCUGAUGGUCAGUGUGGAAAACCCCUUCCAGGUCUCACAAAACAGGAUGAUUGUUGUGGGAGCGUAGGAAUAUCAUGGGGGUACCAUAAAUGUACAAAAUGUCCUCCAAAACCAGAAUAUCCCAAGAUACAGAAUGGCCAGGUUGAAUGUCCUCUGGGCUAUAAAAAAAUGAACCAGACAAGUUGUCAAGAUAUCAACGAAUGCCUGAUGUCAGGAAUGUGUCAGAAUGCUAACUGUUUGAACACCAGAGGUAGCUACAGAUGUACGUGUAAACCUGGGUAUAUGAUGGAUACAUCAAGGAGCCACUGCAUCUCGGACAAAGCUGUUUCAGUAGAAAAAGGAACAUGUUUCAGAUCGUUGUCCAGAAGGAACUGCUCGCUGCCUCUUUCCCAGCAGAUCACGAAACAGAUCUGCUGCUGUAGCCGAGUGGGCAAAGGAUGGGGUAAAAACUGUGAAAAGUGCCCGCUGCCUGGCUCAGCUGUCUUUGAUGAAAUCUGUCCAGCGGGUCAUGGGUAUCAUUACUCUCGGUCUCACGUCCAGAUUUCAGUGAGACCUGCUGAAGAACAUGAAUUAGCUCAGAUUACCUCUGAACAAUAUCUUGACAGUCAGCAGAGCACCAUUAAGGAGUCCGAUUUAACUUCAAAGGAAAAGGAUGAAUUUAUUAGGUUAGAAGGAUACGAUACAACAAUAAAAACUCCUCAACCCUUUGCACCUGCUCAUAUUCCAAGAAUUGAUGCCUAUCCAGUGGAAGUACUAGUGAAGACAAGCCCACCUACUCUGGUGCAAAUUGUUCCGGAACCUACCCCGAGACAGGUGGCUUCAGUGUUUGCAACAGAAAUUUCAGUUGUAAAUAUAUGUGACAUUUCACCAAACAUCUGUGGUCCAGGAAUUUGCAUCAAUCAGCAAGUGGGAUAUUUGUGUAACUGUGAUCCAGGUUAUCAGCUAAAUGAUCAGAAAACAAAGUGUGUCGAUAUUGAUGAAUGCUGGCAAAUCCCACAGUUUUGUAGCUAUGGACGAUGUGAAAAUACAGUGGGAAGCUAUCGAUGUGUUUGUUCAAUUGGUUUUGUGCUGAACCAACAAGGCAUCGACUGCAUAGAUAUAAAUGAGUGUGAAGGAGACCCAUGUGAAGGAAAAGGCCAUUGUAUCAAUACAGCGGGCACGUACUCCUGUUCCUGCUAUUCUGGCUAUACAUUAGCUAUCUUAGAAGACAAACAGACCUGCCAAGAUAUAAAUGAAUGUGCUCAGGCUCAUUUGUGCCAUAGAGGACAUUGUAUCAACAUCCCAGGUUCUUAUCAUUGUGACUGUGAAGAGGGUUACGUCAUGGCUCCAUCAGGACAGUGUAACGAUAUUGAUGAAUGCAGUAGUCUCAAUACAUGUCCUACUGGAGAGUGUAUCAAUACUCUGGGUUCCUUUGAAUGUGUCAGCUGUUCAGUCGGAUACAAAGCAAUGAAUGGACGAUGUGUAGAUGAGAACGAAUGCUUGACAUUUGGCAUUUGUGCCAAUGGAAAUUGUAUAAAUGUGGAUGGAUCCUACCGAUGCAGUUGUAACCAAGGGUUUGAACCUGGGGAUAACCUGAAGAGCUGCAGAGAUAUCGAUGAAUGUAUGUCUCUUGAUGUUUGUUUCAAUGGACUUUGUACAAACACUGAGGGAUCUUAUGAAUGUUCAUCCUGCAGUCUUGGCUACAAACUAUCAGAAGACAGACACAGAUGUGAAGACAUGAAUGAAUGCUUGAGCAAGGAUGUCUGUGGUCCAAACGGAGAAUGUGUUAACAGUGAAGGAUCCUAUUUCUGCCUUUGUGCCAGGGGUUUCACCACUACUUCUGAUGGUACAGGCUGCCAAGAUAUUAAUGAAUGCUUGGCCAGAGACAUCUGUGGUCCAAAUGGAGAGUGCAUAAACAAUGAAGGAGGAUCUUAUCACUGUCUCUGUGCUCAGGGCUACACCACUACUACUGAUGGAACAGGCUGUGAAGAUGUGGAUGAAUGCAGUGACGAAACUAAAUGUUCAGGGGGACAAUGCAUAAAUACCGAUGGAUCGUAUAUAUGUAGAUGUGACGCAGGUUUCACACAUUUACCUGAAGCAGAACAAUGUAUAGAUAUCGAUGAAUGCAGUUUAUAUGGCAGCUCAGUCUGUGGAGUCUGGAAAUGUGAGAAUACGGUUGGGUCCUACCAGUGCAUCGUAAGAUGCCAACCUGGUUUCCAACGUACAGCGAUCGGAGAAUGCAUUGACGUUGAUGAGUGUAUGAAUGGAACGAUCUGUGGUACUCAUGGAUAUUGCGAAAAUACAGAUGGAUCCUUUCGUUGCCAUUGUGACCAAGGUUUUGAGAUUCCACCAGGGGGCCAAGGAUGUGUGGAUGUCAAUGAAUGCGAGAUGAUGAAUGGAGUCUGUGGAACAGCCCUCUGUGAAAAUUAUGAAGGAUCCUUCUUCUGUGUGUGCAUGGAUGAGAAUGAAGACUUUGACCCAGCGAGAGGACAGUGCCACCCUCGGGUAACAAUGGAACAGACACCAGUGUCCAUGAUGCCAGCUCCUGCAAAGGGAGAUUUGAAGGCGUGCUACUACAAUCUGAAUGAUGAGAACUUCUGCGAUAAUUUGCUGUCCCGAAACAUCACAAAGGAAGAAUGCUGCUGUACUGUUGGACUCGGUUGGGGUGAUAACUGUGAAGUUCACCCCUGUCCCAUGAUCAACACAGAUGAAUACAAUGAAAUUUGUCCAGAUGGAAAAGGCUUUAUUCCAUUUCAGAUCGGUUCUUUUAGCUUUGGAUCACAGAGCUAUGGAGAUGCGGAUGAAUGUACAAUGUUUGGAUCAGAAAUUUGCAAGAAUGGGCAUUGUGUAAAUAAUAUAGGUGACUACGCCUGUUACUGUGACACUGGAUAUUACUAUAACAAUGUACGACUGGAAUGUGUUGAUAUUGAUGAAUGUCAAGAUGAAAAUACAUGUGUGAAUGGAGAGUGUGUCAAUACACCAGGAUCGUUUAACUGUUUCUGCAGCCCACCACUUACACUGGAUGUAACCAGUAAAAAAUGUAUAAAUGGCACAGAAUUAGGAGUUAACUCUGAAGAGGUAGAUACAUAUCUGGAUAUAUGCUGGCAAGCAGUGACUGAGGAUGACAUCUGUAGUAAGCCUUUGAGGACCAGAUCAACAACAUACACUGAAUGCUGCUGCUUGUAUGGAGAGGCCUGGGGCCUUCAAUGUGCUUUCUGCCCCUCCAGAACAUCAGUUGAUUUUGCACAGCUUUGUAAUAUUCCUAGGAUAUUUGGCGAUGUAUCAACUGGGCUCCGGGACAGACCUGGCUAUGAAUAUGGCCCAGAAAUACCACCCUAUGGUCAGGAUUUCCAACCUGGAAUUGGAUCAUAUGACAAUUACGUUCAGCCUGAAUAUAGACCGUAUGAUUCCCAACAGGGGCUAGAAUAUGGAUUGGGAGAUCCCUAUCUUAGACAGAGAGAUCCGCAACCUGACUUGAGGUAUGAACUGAGAGAUCCUUAUCCAGCUCGUCAAUAUGGCCCAGUAGAACCUCAAUAUGGUGAAGCAUAUGGACCAAGAAAUUCACAACCUGGGUCUGAGUAUAGUUCUACGGGAUAUUUACGGAUUCCACAGUACCGUCCUCGGGAGCCUGGAAGAAUCCCAUUGUUUAGUAGCAGUGAGAAUGAUCGUUCCAGUAGUUUUGAAGGCUUACAAGCAGAAGAGUGUGGAAUUCUGAAUGGCUGUGAAAAUGGGCGAUGUGUUCGAGUGCAGGAAGGAUACACCUGUGACUGUUUUGAUGGUUUUGAGCUCGACAUGACAAAAAUGACUUGUGUAGAUAUUAAUGAAUGUGAGGAUCUGAGUGACAGCAUACCACUCUGCCGGAAUGCAAGCUGUGAGAACACAGAAGGAUCAUAUAAGUGCAUCUGUUUACCAGGCUUUGUGCUUUCCCAUUAUCCUAAUGACUGUAUACCAGAAAUAGAAACAGAUCAUCAGUAAGAAUACGGACAUUGUCACCUGGCAAGUGAUAAAGAAGCACUUGGUGAUUUAUUUUAAGGAAAAUACAUGUUUAUUCUGCUUGGGAUUAUCAAUUCGAUUAUAUGUGAGAGUAAAUGUUCAGCAACACACACAGACACCAGUCCAGUGACACUAUCUAUAAUUUAUGUCUAUGACUUUGAAAGAAAGUGUUGAUUAGAUUUGUGAUGGUUCCAUUUGAAAAAUAUACAGAGGCAGUACAAACUGCAAGUAGCAGACAGUUGGCUGAGACUAUUAAGACUGUGUAAGGCCUUUAUGUAACUUGAAGACAUCCUGAAUGGCUCUGAAAUAAUUGACACUAAGGUUGUGAUAAAUAUCAUUUGUUUAAGCAAAAGUUUUUAAAAAGUAAGUUAUUUCUUAUUAGACAUUGCCAUUUUAAAUAAGAGAAAA